AUAAGGCACUCAGAUGUUACUGGCGAUCGCUUCUGGCCUAUCACUGGUCCGCUACUUGUCGGCGUCGUCGGGUUUAUGAUUGCCACAUCUACCAUGAAUACGGUCGUCCGAUAUCUGUCGCUGUACGAACCUUUCAAUCAUCUUUCAGCAAUUUUACGAUUCUUUGCGACUCAGUCCUCAGUUACCUAUGUUACCUUUUUGACUUGGGUAUUUAAUAGUAUUUUUUCCCAAUCGUGGUCGAAACACGCUGCAGCCAUCGCACUGGUGAACUCGGUGUCAACAUCUGGCAACAUUGAUGCACUGUACUUCCGGUCAUCUAGUUUGGGACCUUCAUACGUAAAUCUGUAUAUCAUUUGCAUCCUGACAAGCGCCAUGUCUAUUGCGAUGUGCUGGACGUUUAGGUGA